AUGGCCUUCUCCGUGUGGAUGGGCCUCAAGGUAGCACCAGGCGACCACAGCACCUUCUUUACCCUACUCAACUCGUUCGUACACAUUGUAAUGUACUUCUAUUACAUGAUUGCGGCCAUGGGACCCAAGUACCAGAAGUUCAUUUGGUUGAAGAAGUACCUGACCACCUUCCAAAUGUUGCAAUUCGUGGCCAUCCUAACGCAUCAGUUCCAGUGGCUGUUCCGCGAAUGCGAUUAUCCCAAGGGAUUCAUGGUGUGGAUUGGACUGCAUGGCGUGAUGUGA